CACAGGUGCACCUUGUGCUGGGGGACAAUAAAAGGCCAGUCUUAAAUGUGCAGUUUUGUCACACAACACAAUGACACAGAUGUCAAGAUUUGAGGGAGCAUGCAUUUGGCAUGCUGACUGCAGGAAUGUCCACCAGAGCUAUUGCCAGUGAAUGUAAUGUUCAUCUCUACCAUAAGCCGCCUCCAAUGUCGAUUUAGAGAAUUUGUCAGUACGUCCAACCAGCCUCACAACCACAGACCAUGUGUACCCACGCCAGCCCAGGACAUUAACAUCUGGCUUCUUCACCUGUGGGAUCGUCUGAGACCAGCCAGCCGGACAGCAGAUAUAGGUCUGAUAUACAGCCAAAACAGUAGGUGGCAGCAUGCCCAUAUAGCAUUUGCUCGUGGAUCGCAGUCAUAUCGAAGAAGACCCGUACAGUAGGUGGCGGCAUUACAAUAAUACGUGUCGUCUUCGAUAAAACUUUAAAGAAGAAGAAGAAGCUUAGGCAAAAAUAAUAACAGUGAGGUUCAUUAGAGACCCGAAAAAUCACUGAAACGGAAAGUAUGGAUUCCACUCCGACUAUUGGGGAGUUGUUCCGUACCCUGUGUGAGAUGGGCUUCAGUGAGGAGCAGAUCCAGUCUGCCUUGCAGGCAGGACACUUCUCUGUGCCUGACGCAACUGAAUGGCUCUUACAAGGUGAAAAUCUGAGGCACAAGCUGGUCAAAAAUCCAUCCCAGCCAGUUGCAACACCGUUUGCUGCAUUCAACCCUCCCAAAGAUGCAGGGAGCUCUUGCACAUCACAGGCACAGACAUCGCCCGCUGACAGUAGAGGACCCGUUUCAGUCCUGGGACCCCCACAGCCCUCCAGUCCAUCCACAGACACCCCGCCGUUGGAGUCCCGUAUCAGGCAGGACAAGAGUGACUUCCAGGAGCAGCAGAGGAUGCGUGUGGCCAACGAGGCCAGGAAUGAGAGGAGGCAGAAGAAACAGGAGCGUGAGUUGGUGCUGAAGCGUAUUGCAGAGGACCGGAUAAGCUUGCAGGAGAAGAAGACCCAGCCGAGCACCCCCACUGAGACCAUGUCCCCUCCAGGCAGCAGCCAAGGCCAGAGGCUGGGGGGUACUGUCCAGACCAGUGUGGAACACAACUGCAUCCUCAUGAUCCGGCUGCCCUCUGGGGAGUCCAUGAGGGAGCGCUUCCUGGCCGACGCCCCUCUGCGCAGUGUGGUGGAGCACAUCUCUGGGCGCCACCCCUCCCUGGCUUCCUUCUCUCUCCUCCAGGGGUUUCCGCGUAAACGCUUUGGGGAGGCGGAGUUGGCCUGCUCCCUGCGCUCCCUGGGCCUCAUGCCCAAUGCUGCCCUCUGCAUCCAGACCACGCCCCCAGAGACACCCCAGGACCCACCCAGCCCAGCUGCACGCCUCUUAUUGGGCCAGGAGGAGGUGGUGGUGGUUCCUCCUCCUGCGCCUCCCCAGCCACAGAUACCAGGGCUAGAGGAGGGAGGGAUGGAGGAUCCCACUCGGCCCCCACCUCUGUCUCACCUGUUGUGGGAAGAAGCAGUGGGCUACGCAGGCAUCCCCGGUGUUGGUCCCCCAGUGACCGGACCUUCUCAUUCCUGGGGACGUGGCCAGAUGCUGAAUCCUGGUGAUGCAGAGGAAGCUGCCAGCUCAGAAGAUGAAGAGCUGCCAGAGGGGGGGAGAGAGCCACCCUUCCCCUUCAAUGCAGGUAUGCCCCGUUUACCAUUCUUCCCAGAGAACCGGAUGGAGCCCAGACACCACUGGCCAGACCAGGGGAACAGACUCCGGGAGGGUGUGGUAGGUGACCCAGCAGUGGAGCCAGAGGAGGCUGCAGGUCGCAUGGUGCCGGGAGCAGCGGGCCAGGCUGCAGUAGAGCGCCUCCAGAGAGCCGCCCAGGACGACCCUCAGGCCUCCCAAGGCCACCCGUCUCCGCCCAAGAGACCCUUCAGAACGCCCAGUGUCCCCUCCCUUUGUGUAAUGGCCACCCGGGCCACCGUCAACCUCAUGACAGCUCCCAGCAUGCAGUACAGCAGCAGUCUGUCAUGUCUGACCCCUGAGCUGGCAGAGCUCCUGCUCAGUCACAUGUCCCGUGAGAGGCUCCUUCGCCCACGCACACUGGAGCUCUUCUUUGGCUGCCCAAUGCAGAAAUUUGUCCUCAACUGCUACCCGUACUCUACCAAUGAGCUACUCCGGCAGCUACGGGCCUUCACUGCACUGAAGCACCUGAGCCUGGUCAACUCUCCUCUCAUCACAGACACGGGCCUCUCUGUGUUGUGCAGCUUACUGAAACUGCAGCACCUGAACCUGACCUCAUGUAGCAAGCUAACUGACUCAUGUUUGCAACACAUCACAGGACUGAAGAGCCUGUCUUUCCUGUCACUGGACCAGACCAAAGUAAGUGACGUAGGGAUGGUGCUCUACCUGCAGUCUGCUCCUGCGUCACUCACCCAGCUCAGUCUGAACCAGACCUCGGUCACAGAGGCCACCUUGGCAGCGCUGCCCGCCUGUGUGCCACAGCUACGACUGCUCAGCGUCAAACACACCAAGGUGAGAGAUGUGUCGGCCCUAGCGGCCCUCCCCAGCCUGCAGACCCUGUACCUGGAUGGCACGGGGGUGAGGGAGGGCUCUCUGGAGUGCCUGGCCGUCCACUCCACCCUCUCUGCCCUUAGCCUGGCAGGCAUCUCUGUCGCAGACGGCAACCACGCCCUCCAGAUCAUUUCAGGUCUCCGGCUGACCCAGCUGACCCUGCCUGGACGCCACUCAGUGACGGACACUGGCCUGACCUUCCUCUCCAGACUGUCCCUGCUGUCCGAGUUGGACCUGACCGACUACACACACGUCACUGACCACGGGGUCACCCAGUUGGCCAUCAUGACCAGACUGAAGAGGCUGUCUCUCAGUAACACCCAGGUGACAGACAUGGGGCUGCCCUCCCUGUGCAGUCUGCAGGAGCUGCUGGAGCUGUGUCUGGACCGCACAGCCGUCACCAGCCGAGGAGUGGCUGCCCUCGUCACCUGUCUGCCACACCUGCAGGUAUUAAGCUUGGCCAGUACUCAGGUGGGUGACACGGUGGUGAGGAGAGGUCUGGUCCACUGUGCUCAGCUGUUCAAGCUCAACCUCCGCCGCACACGCAUCACUGACCACGGACUGAAGUUCCUGAAGCGCAUGCGUCUGAGCCAGGUAAAUCUGGAAGGCUCAGGUGUGACCCCCUCUGGCAUCUCCAACCUCAUCGCCUCCUGUCCCCACAUCACCAGCAUUCGGGCCAGCCACACGCGGGCCAUCCCACCUGACCAGGUCUCAGACGACGACAAUCAGUAGAGACUAAGUAUUGAGGUGACCCUCCAGCCCUUUCUGCUGAGGCUCGGGACCGCUAGCUAGUAGCUACGACUGUGCUCGGUGGUCUUAGUCCCAAGUGUCACGCUGCACCUAGCUGACUGGCUCAGCAUAGUCUGGGUGACGAUUAUCCCAGCUCUGUCUAGAUGCACUGCUUCAACUGCAGCUAGUGGCACUAAUCGCUCAAUCACAAGCCCACUGUUAUUGCUUUUGAAACCUUAGAAGGGUGCCUUCUUAUACUUCUAAAAUCAGAGCCUCUAACGCAGCGUUUCCCAAAUUCAAUCCUGUUUCUUUUCUCUAGCACUACACAGGUAACUAAGAUUGGGACUAAAUCAGGGAUAACACCUAAAAUCCAAGAUUUUUCUGCCUGAAUUCACGAAUGAAUCAGUUAACACUACGAAGGUACAUCCGUGUGAUUUGCUACUAAAGAGGACUAUGAUGAUGAUCCAGUUCCAACAGUUACCUCCCAUUCUGUAAUGUCGUUAAAUUACAUUUUUUGGUGGUUUAAGCCAAGGCGGCAUUUGGCUAACCAGCAACUGGAAGGCUUAGCAUUAUGCUAGUGGUUGAAGAAAGAGGUUGGCUUCUCACAUUUAGCAGUGGGCUAUGAUGUGUGUUGCAUAUUGAGUGUUUGGGUUCAACAGCAAGAAUCCAAAGCGGCGAUCAGUUCAUAAAUAGUUUUGCUUCUCAUUUUGUUUACACAAUGUAAAAUACUGUUUAUUUUCUUAUUGUAAAUUGUUUUGGAUAAUAGCACUGUAUUCCCUACAUUCUCAAAGGAAAAUACUAAAUUAAUAAAAAAUGCCAUUUUGAA